GAUAUUCGCCAACGGUGUCCGGCGGGUCCUCCGUGCUACAACUUCUCGAAUGUGCCAAAUUUCUUGAACCAGGAGUCAGUUAGACAAGCACUUGGUGUUGGAGACAUAAAAUUUGUUACCUGUAAUCUUUCUGUAUAUGAUUCGUUGAAAACGGACUGGAUGAAGAAUUACGAAGUAGUUAUUCCUGCACUACUAGAGAAUGGGGUCAAGUUACCUGUAUACGCUGGAGAAUAUGAUCUUAUUUGCAACUGGCUCGGAAACUCGAGAUGGGUCGAUGCUAUGGUAUGGUCGGGACAGAAAAACUUUGUAUCGGCACCUUCUAUUCCAUUUAAGGUAGAUGAAGUGGAGGCGGGUUUACAGAAAAGCUCUGGACUUCUCACUUUCCUCAAGGUCCAUAAUGCCGGUCACUGGGUUCCAUUGGAUCAACCAAAAGCAUUACUAGAAAUGAUAAAGAGAUGGUUGCAAGGCAUUCCUCUGUGAAGAACAACAGCA